AUGGAGGAAAUCCCUCCAAUGGAAAAGGAACUCAUGUGUGGCGAUACGGGAGUUGGAGCAAUGGCAACCACACAAAUGAUUGCGACCGUAGUUGCUACCAUCGUUAGAAAUCGGUUUGCAGUAUAUACACCAUGUGAUUCUGAUCCUACGCUGAACAAAACAUUCGGCGUUGAUGUGCCAUUAGUGCUGAUGAACUCGUUCAACACCGAAGAAGACACUAAGAAAGUACUGAAAAAGUACGCGAAUGUGAAGGUUUCCGUGUACACCUUCUGCCAAUCGCAAUAUCCGCGUAUAAAUCGUGAAACCCUCAUGCCAAUCGCGAAAUCGUUAAAUGACGCCGACCAAGAGUGUUGGUACCCACCUGGUCACGGAAACUUCUAUGAAGCCUUCUACAAUUCUGGUCUCAUCGACAAGUUCAUCGCAGAUGGAAAAGAGGUGAAGCUCUUCUUCUACUGUUUCCUGUCUAAUAUCGACAACAUGGGUGCAACAGUUGAUUUCGCCAUCCUGAACUUCCUGCUCUCUCCGCCAGCCGGCCACGAACAUCCAGAAUUCCUCAUGGAGGUCACUAACAAAACCCGCGCCGACGUAAAAGGAGGUACAUUGAUUCAAUAUGAGAACCGACUUAUGUUACUCGAGAUCGCCCAAGUUCCAAAGGAUUACGUGGACGAAUUCAAAUCCAUCAGUAAAUUCCGCAUUUUCAACACGAACAACUUAUGGGCAAAAUUGUCGGCUAUCAAGCGAGUAGUAGAGAACAAUGAAUUGGAAAUGGAGGUGAUCGUCAAUCCAAACAUCUCGAACGUGGCCUUGACAUUAUCCAACUGGAAACGGCCGCUGGUGCUGCCGUAA